AUGGUGAGGGACAAAGGCAACAGUCAGGGCCUGCAGUUCGAAGACCUUCUGAAGCUCCUCCCUCCGGAUGCUUACCAGCCGCAAAUUGCGAGGAGAUUGACCAGCUUUGCGCCUUCCCAGAAAUUGACCCUUGGAUCUCCUGACCCAGAGAUCUGGCAGAAUGCAACAGGUUUGUCGACACAGCUGGUGUUCGACAUCACCUUCUUGCUGUGCUUGGCACGGGUGCAGGCCCAGCAGGCAGCAGGGGGUGAACCGCGAUCCGAUAUCAAUGAUGGAGACAUCAAGAUGCUGGUGGGUGCGUCCGGGAAGAUAAGUCCUCGACUACGGCUGGCAAUGCGGACAGCACAGUCGAUUGCCGUGGCACGUGCUCAGCAAGCAUGUUCAGAGGAGCAGCUCGUGAAGCGGGGGCAGCAAGCCCAAGCAGACAUGCAGCGUCUUGAGUCUCUUCUUCAAGACGCGUUGCGAGAUCAUGACCUUGCCCCCGGCAUCUCCCUGAAGCCGUUGUCUGUUACCAAGAAGGUGAUGGGUGAUCUGCCAAGCGAGGCUGAGGAUACGGUGACGGAGCUGAGGACAUCGCUGGCAGCGCAGCUAUCCAAAGUUUCCUCAUUGGCUUUGUCUUUGGCUGCAUCCCUGACGGCGGGCAUCGGCAACCUUGAUGAUUUGGUGAGCUGGUGCGAUGGCCAGUUUACCCGCCCUGACAGUGGCUUCAUGUUCGAGCCCCUGUCUGAGUCAAAGGCUUUCGCGUGGGAGCAAGCUGGAUUGCUGCAGCUGCAAGUCGUGAAUUUCAAUGAUGCCGAUGACCGCGCCCUUGUUAAGGGCCUUAUGUCUGCAUGGGCUCAAUUGCGAGAGCUGAAGCAUGGCGAGGAGGAGGCGAAGGACCUCGACACCCUGAUGCUGAAGCUGUCGAAGUAUGUCACGACGGUGGACACAUGGGGUGAGAAGUCCCUGGACGCUUGUGAAGGCGUCCCUGAUUUCUUCCGCAAGAUGUUGCCUCCUCUCCGCAAUCUUGCCUCACGCAUGAUGCGCGCCGGUCUUGAAAGUGCGAAGGCCAAGGUCUUCGAGCAGAGGCCGGAUAUCGAGAAGAUGCAAGCAGUGGUGCUUUUUCAGCUCGACUGCGUCAUCUUGAACGUCGAGAAGCAGCAGAUCCCUUCGGCUGAGCAGACCGCCGAGCAAUACCACGCUGCGGUCGCUGCUUUCAAGCUGAAUUCGGAUCUGUUGGCUGCCACGGGCCAGCAAGGAAAGGUGGACAAUGCCUUCAACGACUUCAAGUCUUCCUUGGAGGACUUGCUCGAGACGUGCAAUAUGAACCUUGAGACGCUUCGUUCUCUGUCGAAGAACUACGAGUGCCGCGGCUGCGACCGGGCACGUAUGUUUGAGUUUGAUUGGGUUCCGAAGCAUGUUAUUUUCUUCUUGCUAAGGAAGAUUCUCGAGGCCAGUGCAGCUUGGAAUACUGCUGCGAUGGAGGAGUUGCUUGCGCUUCCAAAUUUCGAAACGGAUAUGGACUCGCUGCAAGACACCGCCGGUGCUACGCAGAAGGAGUGCGCCGAGCUUGCUGCUCUGAGUGGACAUCAGGUUGGGCCCGAAGAGUGGCUGCAGCUGUUCGCAAAGCUUGGUGAUGCAGUGACGCACAUCAAGGAGGCCGGCCUUCAUGGGGCCACGAUCCACGUCUCGAUGACCUUUGCCGAGCUGCUGCUGCACCCCGGAAAGUAUGACCUGCUGCCUGCCUUGGAAGAGACGGGAAAGGUGGCUUCGAGGAUGGGAGUGGCUGACAAAAUGCCAGCUCAGCUUGCGUCCAGGGUGAAGCGUGCAGUGGCGGAGCUCAAGGCGAAGACCACUGCGCCGAGCAAUCCAAGUGAUGGCAAGCAGGAUCUCAAGAUCAAGAAGGAGAAGAAAGAGAAAAAGAAGGACAAGGACAAGGGUGACAAAAAGCACAAGCACGACAACGACAAAGAAGGUUCCGCCAAGAAGGCAAAGAAGUGA